AUGGAUUAUUAUUACGAAAUGGAGGAGCAUCCAGGAUUCCGGCCGUGGCAGUGGCGCCACUUCUCCCUCCUCUCGUCCCAGCCGGAGCUGCUCCCGCCGCGGCGGCCGGCCAACCAUGUCAGCUGGGAGGAGACCGCCGCCGCGCACCUCUUCUCCGCAAGCCUCCCGGGCGUGCGCAAGGAGGAGAUCAGGGUGGAGGUGGAGGACGCCAGGUACCUCGCCAUCCGCACCGAGCUGGACGCCGCCGGCGCGGGCGCGAGGAGCUUCGACCGGAAGUUCCGGCUGCCGGGGAUGGUGGACGUGGACGGCAUCUCGGCGGCGUACGCCCACGGCGUCCUGACCGUGACGGUCCCGCGGAUGCACACCCGGGCAAGGCCUGUUGCCGACGUCCUCGGCGCCGGGCCGGCCCGCGACCACGCGGCCCGGGCGGCCUGA